AUGGCUAUCAAAAUAUAUGACUAUAACAAGUCUUCUCUGAUUGGUGACUCGAAUGCUAUUGUUGUUAUUUCGGUUGAUUCCCGAUGUUUGUAUACCACUAGCAGACUUGUUGAUUCGGAUCACAUUGAGAAGUUAUUGGUCUUUGGGAAUAGGAUAGCUUUUGUGGCAUCUGGCAAUUCAGAUGUUCGCGAUGAUCUGGCUAGACUUCUUAGAGAUGAGUUUCAGACCAACCAUAAUCUGACCUUUGGUGGUGCUGUGCGACUUGUUCAAGAUAACAUAGAACUGUCUCAAAAGUGGGAAGAUUCAAAGCCUUAA